UAUACGAUUCACUAUCGAAAAAACGGUAGGGCAUACUUUGAAAAGUUAUUAACAGUUAUCCAAAAUAUAAGGCCAUGCAUAUAAGUUUGAAUCACAACACUUCUCAAUUGUGCAUUCAAAGUGAAUAAACCAAUAUGAUUUCCCAUUCCUUCUCAUUAGCUAUGAUUUUGCUCCUAUUUCUUUUCAUUUUUCAGCUUCUCUCUUACUUAAAGAGAAACAAGAAGUUGCAUGCACGAUUACCACCUCACCCUCCAAGUCCACCAGCAAUACCAAUAAUUGGACAUCUUCAUCUCCUCAAACCACUCAUUCAUCAGGCCUUUCGCCACCUCUCCGAUCAAUAUGGCCCUUUAAUAUCCCUUCGACUUGGCUCCUCUCAAUUUAUCAUUGUUAACACUCCAUCACUCGCCAAAGAGUUUCUCAAGACACAUGAGCUCACUUAUUCUCACCGUAAAAUGAGCAUAGCCAUCAACGUAGUUGCCUAUGAUGAUGCAACUUUUGCUUUCGCUCCUUAUGGGACUUAUUGGAAAUUUAUUAAAAAGCUCAGCACCACUGAGCUCUUGGGUAAUCGAACCAUGGCACAAUUUCUACCGAUUCGAACCCAAGAACUCCAUGAAUUCAUUCAAACUUUGGCAAAUAAGUCUAAGGCAGAAGAAAGUGUGAACCUCACACAAGCUUUGAUAAAGCUUUCCAACAACAUAAUAUCACGGAUGAUGUUGAGUAUUGAUUGCUCAGGAACAGAUAACCAAGCAGAACAAGUUAGGGCUUUGGUUCGCGAGGUAACACAGAUUUUUGGAGAAUUUAAUGUUUCAGAUUUUAUAGGAAUUUUCAAGAACUUUGACUUGCAAGGUUUUAAAAAGAGGGCCUUGGACAUACACAAAAGGUAUGAUGCUUUGUUGGAUAAGAUUAUUUCUGAUCGUGAAGAACUAAGAAGGGAAGCCAAGCUAAUAGAUGGUGGUGGUGAGAAUGGUGAAGAAGAGAGACUGAAAGAUUUUCUUGACAUUUUGCUAGAUGUCUACAGUGAGAAAAACUGUGAAGUCAACUUUACUAGAAAUCAUAUCAAAUCAUUAAUAUUGGAUUACUUUACGGCAGCAACCGACACUACUGCCAUCUCCGUGGAAUGGGCAAUAUCAGAACUGUUUAACAAUCCAAGGGUGCUGAAAAAAGCACAAGAGGAGGUGGAUAUAGUUACUAGAAAGGAAAGACUUGUGUGUGAAGAAGACGGUCCAAACCUUCCUUAUAUACAUGCUAUCAUAAAAGAAACAAUGAGGCUUCAUCCCCCGAUACCGAUGAUUAUGAGGAAGGGAAUGGAAGAUUGUGUGGUUGAUGGUAACAUGAUUCUGAAAGGCUCAAUGGUUUGUGUAAACAUUUGGGCUAUGGCAAGGGACCCAAAGAUAUGGGAAAACCCAUUAGAGUUUAGGCCAGAAAGGUUUUUAGAAAACAAAGAUAUUGACAUGAAAGGGCACCAGUUUGAGUUGUUGCCAUUUGGUUCUGGAAGGAGAGGUUGUCCUGGUAUGCCUUUGGCCCUACGUCAAUUACCCACUGUAAUUGGUGCUUUGGUACAAUGCUUUGAGUGGAAGAUGCUUGAUUCGGAAUGUAAGAUCUUAGAUCAAGGCAAAAAAAUUGAUAUGGAUGAACGGCCUGGAUUGACUGCUCCUAGGGCCAAUGAUCUUAUUUGUAUUCCAGUUGCAAGAUUGAACCCCCUUACAUUUCUUCAACUUUAGUAAAAGGGAAUUUGUGAUAAAGUAGUGCAAUUGUUGUUUAUGUCUUUCUCUAUUCACAAUCUUAAGCCCUUGCUCUUCUAUUUCUCUUUACUUCUUCUCUCACAUCAUUGAUCACACACCUAAAUCUCCUUUUAUCUAUCUUUUUUGGCUUUCUAUCUCAUUUCCAUAUACUCUUCUUAUACCACACUGGAUAUAUGAAAGUGUAUUUUAAUUCCUUUAGCAUUUCAUCUGUGUUUGUAUAAUGCAAUUUAGAGAUUGAACAAA